AUGUCAAAUAUUAUGACAACAUUUACGGAAUUAUUAGAUGAAUAUCUUCAACAUGAUGAUUCAGAAUUUACACCAGAAUUGGUUCAACUUUAUAAAGAAAAUAAAGAUGGAUUGAAAUACAAAUUCGACAUAGUUUUUGUCUCAUGUGAAAGUGACCAAGAAAGAUUUGAUGAACUUUUUAAAAGUAUGCCAUGGAAAACCGUACCAUUCGCAGGUGCACUCCUACUUCAACACGAAGAAUUGGGUGAAAACAACACGGAGACUUCAACUGAUCAACUCAAUGGCAAAUACGUUGCUCUGUACUUUUCUGCUCAUUGGUGUCCGCCGUGUAAACGAUUCACACCAAAAUUAGGGGAAAUCUACAAAGAAGUCAAAGAUGAAGUCAAGGACAAGUUGGAGAUUGUCUUUGUUUCGUGUGAUGAAGACGAAGAAGAAUUUAAACAUUAUUUCAAAGAAAUGCCAUGGAAAGCAGUUCCAUUCGCCGACCGUCAACUUUCACGAACAUUAGGAGAGAAAUUUGAAGUCGAAGGCAUUCCAUCAUUAAUUGUGCUUUCGCCAUCCGGUGAAGUAAUCAAUUCCGAUGGUGUUGCUGAAGUAAGUGCUUCAGGCAAACAGGCUGUUCGCAAGUGGGCAGAAGGAAAGCGUUUGUUUUGGUCGCGCGACGCCAAAGAAGGAGAACAUGUUUGGCAAGAUAUCAGCUGUUCGAAUUGCUUCAUGAGUCCGAUCCUGGGCUCACGUCACGGUUGUACACAUCGAGAAUGCGAUGUUGAUUUAUGUUCAACAUGUUUAGCGCAGAAUAAACAUGAACAUCCACUUGUGGAAUAUCUUAUACCGGGAAAACAUUAUUCAUUAGAAGAACUUUGUCAAUCGGUUCCUCAUUUACUUGAUCCAAAUAGUGAAGAAACACUCGAAACGAAAACAUUGUGGCAAGAUGGUGUGAAAGCUGUUGGAUUUUACUUUUCUGCUCAUUGGUGUCCACCUUGUCGACAAUUUACACCGAAAUUAGGAGAAAUUUACAAACAAGCUCAAGAAGAUUCGAAAAACUUUCGAAUCGUGUUCGUGUCAAGUGAUCGAGAUGAAGAAUCGUUCAAUGAAUAUCGAAAAACAAUGCCCUGGUCAGCUGUUCCAUUAAACUCUGGUUCACUUCUCAAAGCGUAUUUUCACUGCUCAGGCAUUCCAUCGUUGAUUAUUCUUUCAUCGGAUGGUAAAUUAUUAACACGUCGUGGCCGAGAUGAUGUUUCAUCAAAAGGUGUUGAAGCUUUGAAAGUCUGGGCUCGAGGAGAAAAAGUUCCUCCUCCUCCACCUGAAGAAUACGAGUGGUCAAGUGUUUCAUGCGAUGGCUGCAGCGCAGCUCCACUUAUAGGUCAACGAUACCAUUGUGACACAUGCGGAAACUACGACUUGUGCGCAGCAUGUGAAAAGAAAGGACACGACCAUCCACUGAAACUCAUCCCCCAACCAAACGAUGAAGAUGAUUAA